ACUGCGGGAACAUCCAGUCAUGGAUAAAAAUGAGCUGGUUCAGAAGGCCAAACUGGCCAAGCAGGCUGAGCGAUAUGAUGACAUGGCAGCCUGCAUGAAGUCUGUAACUGAGCAAGGAGCUGAAUUAUCCAAUGAGGAGAGGAAUCUUCUCUCAGUUGCUUAUAAAAAUGUUGUAGGAGCCCGUAGGUCAUCUUGGAGGGUCGUCUCAAGUAUUGAACAAAAGACGGAAGGUGCUGAGAAAAAACAGCAGAUGGCUCGAGAAUACAGAGAGAAAACUGAGACGGAGCUAAGAGAUAUCUGCAAUGAUGUACUGUCUCUUUUGGAAAAGUUCUUGAUCCCCAAUGCUUCACAAGCAGAGAGCAAAGUCUUCUAUUUGAAAAUGAAAGGAGAUUACUACCGUUACAUGGCUGAGGUUGCCGCUGGUGAUGACAAGAAAGGGAUUGUGGAUCAGUCACAAUAAGCAUACCAAGAAGCUUUUGAAAUCAGCAAAAAGGAAAUGCAACCAACACAUCCUAUCAGACUGGGUCUGGCCCUUAACUUCUCUGUGUUCUAUUAUGAGAUUCUGAACUCCCCAGAGAAAGCCUGCUCUGUUGCAAAGACAGCUUUUGAUGAAGCCAUUGCUAAACUUGAUACAUUAAGCGAAGAGUCAUACAAAGACAGCACGCUAAUAAUGCAAUUACUGAGAGACAACUUGACAUUGUGGACAUCAGAUACCCAAGGAGACGAAGCUGAAGCAGGAGAAGGAGGGAAAAAUUAACCGGCCUUCCAACUUUUGUGUGCCUCAUUCUAAAAUUUACACAGUAGACCAUUUGUUAUCCAUGCUGUCCCACAAAUAGUUUUUUGUUUACGAUUUAUGACAGGUUUAUGUUACUUCUAUUUGAAUUUCUAUAUUUCCAUGUGGUUUUUAUGUUUAAUAUUAGGGGAGUAGAGCCAGUUAACAUUUAGGGAGUUAUUUGUUUUCAUCUUGAGGUGGCCAAUAUGGGGAUGUGGAAUUGUUAUACGAGUUAUAAAUGUUUGGCAUAGUACUUUUGGUACAUUGUGGCUUCACAAGGGCCAGUGUAAAACUGCUUCCAUGUCUCAGCAAAGAAAACUGCCUACAUAUUGGUUUGUCCUGGUGGGGAAUAAAAGGGAUCAUUGGUUCCAGUCACAGGUGUAGUAAUUGUGGGUACUUUAAGGUUUGGAGCACUUAACAAGGCUGUGGUAGAAACAUACCCCAUGGAUACCACAUAUUAAACCAUGUAUAUCUGUGGAAUACUCAAUCUCAAUGUGCACACCUUUGACUACAACUGCAGAUGUGUUCCUUUAGACAAAGUUGUGACCCAUUUUACUCUGGAUAAGGGCAGAAACGGUUCACAUUCCAUUAUUUGUAAAGUUACCUGCUGUUAGCUUUCAUUAUUUUUGCUACACUCAUUUUAUUUGUAUCUAAAUGUUUCAGGCAACCUAAGAACAAAUGUAAAAGUAAAGAUGCAGGAAAAAUGAAUUGCUUGGUAUUCAUUACUUCAUGUAUAUCAAGCACAGCAGUAAAACAAAAACCCAUGUAUUUAACUUUUUUUCUUAGGUUUUUUGCUUUUGUGAUUUUUUUUUUUUUGAUACUUAGCUAGCAUGCAUGUGCUGUAAAAAUAGUUAACAGGGAAAUAACUUGAGAUGAUGGCAAGCUUUGUUUAAUGUCUUAUGAAAUUUUCAUGAACAAUCCAAGCAUAAUUGUUAAGAACACGUGUAUUAAAUUCAUGUAAGUGGAAUAAAAGUUUUAUGAAUGGA